AUGAAGUUUAUUUGAUAACACCGGUCACUGUCAACGUAGUAGUACAUCCGGGUAAUUCGAGUGACCUUGGUCCGCUUGAGAAAAUCAUGGCGGCUCUUGUAAGGAUAAGUGCUGUUUGCCACAGAGGUGUCAGGCCUCUGUUAUUUCGCUCUUCAUUGCUCAUCAGACCUGUGGCUGCACAGAAGGAUCGCGACUGUCCAUACCUAAUCUCAGCAAAGAUACAUGCAACACCCUCUAACUAUGCUGGUUCUGGGUCCAAAGCUGCUUCCUUGCACUGGACAGGAGAGCGUGUCCUGAGUGCAGUUCUUCUGGGCAUGAUGCCCUUUGCCUACUGUUACCCAGGCCCGGCUAUUGACUACUCCUUAGCAGCCGCACUCACUCUGCAUGGUCACUGGGGACUUGGCCAAGUUUUGACCGACUACGUUCAUGGAGACUUUAAAGUCAAGAUGGCUAGUGCAGGUCUCUUCGUUCUCUCGACUGUCACAUUUGCCGGCCUUUGCUACUUCAACUACCACGAUGUAGGAAUUUGUAAAGCUGUGGCCCUCUUGUGGAGUAAAUAAGUGGACUAAGAUGGGCAGGGGGUGGUUUGGGAUCCGCUUUCAACAUCAACAGACUUGCAUUCAAUUGUAUACAUUUGUGAGAUUAUAUGUAAAUUCUAUAAAUAUAUCAUUUUUGACCGCAUACAAUGUCGAUUCACAAGCGUUUAAAUUGUAAAUGGUGUCAGUUUGUUCAGAACAUAUGUUUCGCUUUUGCCUAAUAUGGAAGUUUCUGUAUAAAAUCAGUGUUGAAAAUGCAUUCAACUAAACAGAUUAUUGGGUUAAAAGACAUUGUCGCUUCUUACAAGCUAAAAAAAAUCUAUACAACAAGGAAGACUAACUGCAUUGAGUUUUUACGAAAACAAGAUAAUAAAAGGUUUGUCUGCAAGUAUCUGUACCAGCAGCAUCAUUAUCAGAAUGCUGUUUAUGUUGCAAUGUCAUCGUGGAAAAUGCAGAAUUAUACCAGUUUAUAUAACAAUGCUUUAUAUCAAAAACACAUUGCCAUACAUUGAUGUUAUAUAGACCUUACAUGCGUAUACCCCAGGUAUUAAACAUCAUGUACAAAUCUUCUAAGACUAUUCAUAACAUCUUGAGAAUUGUAAGAUUAACAGUAUUUCAGCUUGAUGACACAAUAUCUUUGCAUGGUAACAUUUUGCUUACGUAAUCAUUUAUUGCUGGUAAUCUGAGCAUAAAUAACAAGUUUAUUUAAAUUGCUUGGGUCGUCGCUUGAAAAGCAGGCUUGCUACACUGUUAUUACAGAACUGUCAGCUUGUAUGUCACAAGUCUAAAAUUGAGUCUAUAAACUGUAAAAAUCAUUUUGGAGUAAUUUUUAAUUGAUUCUUAAGGUGAUGAAAUUUCAAACAGAAUGCAAGUAUUGUUUUUAUAUUUUAUGACUCGAGCAAGACUUUGCACUGGCUAUUGAGCUCUGUGUAAUAAAUGUGUUAACAGUU